CGUCAGAUCAAUUCUUGAUUAGUUGAAUUAAACUGUGAUUCGUAUUUUUAAUAACUCAAUUAGUUAAAAUUAAACUCGUUAUGGCAAGCUUAAAGGCUGAAAAUCCAGAGAAGCCAGUCCAGGAAACUGCACCUAUCCAUAGGAUCCGAAUUACUCUUACAUCGCAAAAUGUUCGUUCCCUCGAAAAAGUGUGCUCGGAAUUAAUUCAGAGAGGCAAAAAGCAGAAGCUGAAGGUGAAGGGACCAGUUCGCAUGCCUACUAAAAUCCUGAGGAUAACGACUCGGAAAACACCCUGUGGAGAGGGUUCCAAGACAUGGGAUCGUUUUCAGAUGCGCAUCCACAAAAGGGUCAUUGAUUUGUACUCACCCUCUGAAAUUGUCAAACAAAUCACGAGUAUCAACAUUGAACCUGGUGUAGAAGUUGAAGUAACCAUCGCUAAUGAUUAAGCUGAACCUUAUU